ACUGAUGGCUACGCAAUUCUACAAGGGCAAGCGACUGUCGUUUGAAAAGCAACUAUGCACAGUUCGGUAUCACGGCGAAGUGCCAGGAACCAAAGGAGAGUGGCUAGGUGUAGAGUGGGAUGAUCCUACACGAGGAAAGCAUUCUGGUGAACACCAAGGCAUCAGAUAUUUCGAAUGUCUCAACCCCUCCUCAACAUCCGCCUCCUUCAUCCGCACAACCCGCAAAUCUGACGCCCCCCGUACAUUUGUGCAAGCUCUCAAGUCCAAGUAUGCUUCAGAAACAGAAACAGAAUCCGAAUCCGAAUCCGAGUAUCUCGAAGACCCUGAUGUCCACAUUGUCUAUGUCUCCACUGCAGAAGGCACCACCAUCAACCCAAAACCCCGUAAGAAGGACCCUCGAGCUAAGGGGAACACACCAAUCAAGUUCAGUGGCAAAGUUGCAGAAGAAAUCGGCUUCGACAAAAUCCGCAAACAACUCGCUCAACUAUCUGAACUCCAGAUCAUCAUUCUGGAUGGUUUGUGUAUGUGGAGGCCGGAGGCUAGGGAUUUGCAAGGAGGUAAACGUGGAGAGGGGUUGAUAGAGGGGAACGAUGUCAAAGAAGCGUGCCCGAAGGCUGUGGAACUGGACUUGAGCCGAAACUUAUUUGAAGAGUGGAGGGAGAUUGUAGGAAUUUGUGGGCAAUUGGAAAAGUUGAAGAGCUUGAGGGUCGAUGGAACUCGAUUCAGAGACACGUCACUAACCGAUGUCGAGCGAGAGCACUGCCUAAAAGCCUUUGCGAACAUCAAGUCGCUCAAGCUCGAAAACAAUCUUCUUCCUUGGGAAGAUCUCACCAGGAUCACGCAUCUAUUCCCUACCCUGUCGGUAUUCUCUGCGUCCAGCAAUCUCUACUCAACGUUCACAUCACAUACGCUAAAUCCAACGAUAACCGACCUGACCCUUGAAGAAAACCUCAUCGUCUCUAUAGCCGCUCUCGAACCGUUGACUAGACUGCCAAACCUCCAGCGUCUGAUCCUAAAGUCGAACAAGAUAUCCGAAAUCACCACUCCAGGCUCAUCGAUACCUGUCUUCUCCCCAACCGUAAAAGAAGUCGACCUUACAUUCAAUGAAAUAUCAAACUGGCAUUUUAUCGAGCAACUAGCACACGUCUUUCCCGGCCUGAAAAGCCUCCGUGUGUCGCAUAAUCCGCUCUACGAAGUGCUCCAAGCUCCCGAUGGCCGCGCCUUGACUGCAGACGACGGCUACAUGCUCACCCUAGCGCGUCUCGGAAGCCUCACGACGCUGAACCAUAGUCCCAUCAAUGCGAAGGAACGCUUGAACGCCGAGUCGUACUACCUCUCACUCAUCGCGAAGGAAGUCUUAUUCGCUCCCGAAAACUUGCGCGAGCAGAUCUUGGAAACCCAUCCGAGGUACAAUUGGCUUUGCGAAGAGUACGGCGAGCCAGACAUUCAACGCUCCGACAACGCUGUGAAUCCAAACUCACUCGCUGCUCGUCUCCUGCGAAUCAAGUUUUACCUCGCUACCUCCAAAUCGACGGCGUACGAAACCGAGAUCCCGAUGAACUAUACGGCGUAUACAGUCCUUGGUAUUGCUUGCAAGCACUUCGGUGUCAAGCCGAUGAAGUGCAGACUGGUCUGGGAGACGGGUGAUUGGAUGUCAGUGAGAAAGACCACGGCUGAUAUAGGCGAUGAGGACUGGGAUUCGGAUGAUAGCGAGGCGGAGAUUGGGAUGGAUAGGGUGAUGAGGGAGAUUGAGAUCAUGCCCGGGACUAGGUCGGUGGGAACGUGGAUCGAUGGUACAGAAGCCACUGUAAGGGUGGAAGUGAUUUAGGUUGAGCGUAGCAUAGCGAGCAUUCAUCAAAGCAGCUUGACUUGCUUUGAGCGUAGAUCUUCAUCGGAACCACCAAUUGACCUGCAAAUAGUCAUCAGCAUAUAGUCUCACGAACUCAUCAGGGCACACUUACCGAAGUAUUCGCACCUCUCCCAAUUCCCCUUACAGAAUGCCACCACCCUAACGGAAUGAAAAUCCCGUCCCCGC